AUGAUCACCUGCUCCAAGGUCGGUAUAGUCAAACCAAAGUUGUUAUGUGCUAUUGCUGCUCAUAUACCGAUUGAGCCCACCACCUUCAAAGAAGCUUUUCAAUCAUCGGCAUGGAGAGAGGCCAUGGCAGUUGGGUUCCAAGCUCUCACUUCUCAAACCACUUGGAAAUUAGUUCCACCACCCACCCAUUCUAAGGUCAUUGGCUGCAAGUGGGUGUAUAGAAUUAAGUUACUUGCUGACGGUUCUGUUGAGCACUACAAAGCGUGCUUGGUUGCCAAAGGGUUCCAUCAAACUGUUGGUUUUGACUUCUCCGAUACUUUUAGUCCAGUGAUAAAGCCGACCACCAUCAGAUUAGUGUUGAGUUUAGCUAUCUCGCAUGAUUGGUCCGCCAAUUGGAUGUUCAAAACGCUUUUCUACAUGGUGAUUUAUCUGAGACUAUUUACAUGA